CUGGGUCGCGGUACAGUCGAUAAUGAGAUUGCAGUCAUUCGUGACUGCCAAAAGCUGCGGGGAGGGAGAUACCGGGAGCGCAGGCGGUCUCGAGAGCAGACGAUCUGCUGCUGGUAGCGUUUCGGAUUUUCGACUUUUAGCGAAGGUUCUGUUCAGAAUUGGUCUCAACCGUCAUGGACAAUUGUGGUUGUGCAUUGCUUCUCGAAUUCGAGUGCCGAAUUGGGGAUGAUCCUGGAGCCAUUACAGCUCCAGGCGAGCAAGUGCGCGACGAUUUGCUACGACUAUCUCGCACCUGGUGCUAGUCAAAUAGAAAUGAUCUGUGGAAGAAACACUUGAACGAGAAUUGGAUAUUUCCGUGGAAAGCUUUGGUCUGUCCGGUGUGUUAUUAAGGAUAUACGGAAAUUCAAGCCACGUUAUGCAACUCGAAGCACGUCCUGUCGGCUAGGGAGCAUUGCGUGCACAAGAAUGUUGGGCGUCGUGGAUUGAAACUGACAAGAUUUCGCUGCUGGUGACAUUCUCCCGUGUCCUACUGUUAUCAGCUAUUUUUAUGAGGUCUUCAUGAAAGUAAUCUUCCGAAAAACACAACGUGAAUACUGACGGGCUGCCUCCAAUGGAAAGCGAAAAAUGGAGAACUGGACUCCCUAUGGAGGUCACGCAGAAGAUUUUCAAGCGCAUCAAGAUUACUUGACAAGAAUAUAGUUCAAGAUGCUUUCUUUGGAAGCAUCGGCAGUCCCAACUCCUUUGAAUGACAUGACAAGACUCAGGGAUUCGUUGGAAUCAGCAAUAAUCAUGCAAAAUGAGCCUCAGGAAGAGCAGCAGCAACACCAACAACAACAACAGGAUCAACAGCAGCAACUUCCGGUGAAGUUUCUUGUCCAGCGCUGAAUUUCUUAGCUCGGCUGUGAAGAGGACGU